GAGAGAGAGAGUGAGUGAGUGACUGAGUGAGUAAGACUUUUUGUAUCUGAGCCAUUUUUCUCUGAACUCUGACAGGUAUAGCAGUCAGUCCACAUAAUGCGGGCCCAGGAUGGUCUAGAUCUAGAAAGUUAAUUACUGAGACCCACCUGCUGAACCUUACCCAUGUUCUUCUGCUCCAGGGGACCAGUCCUCCUGCGCUCCCCGGGAAACAUGCUCCUCUUCUGGAUAUCUUGUGGAUCACUUCUCCCUCUCCUGGUCCUUUGCAAUAACGGACAAGAAUGCUGCACCAUCCAGGACAACACACAAUAUCAUGUGUCCCCUGUGCUUGAGUCCCUGCGGUGCUACAAUGACUACAGCUCCUACGUCCGCUGUAGCUGGGAGGAGAGUCCACACCCGUCCUCACAGCCGUUAGCCCUAUUAUACUGGGACAGCCCUGAGAACCGUGAGUCCUUGUGUAAACCCUAUGGUCAGCGAGCACUGAAUCCCAGCAACAUCAAGCUCACUGCCCAGUGUCAGUACAACACUAAAUACUUUGGCAUCAAUACCAACCAUGUCUUCUUCUUCAAUACCUCCUGUCCCCCUGCCCUGCUUCUGUCUAAGAAUGUGAGGGUGCGUCCACCAGUCCACCUAUCACCGAAGCUUGUAGAGAGAGGGGGCUGUUUGCUCAGCUGGAAAAGCCCCUACCCCCCAUCAUCCCUCUUGACCCCUACUCUCAACUACCAGGUCAACUACAGGAGGUCUAACCAGGAUGACUGGACAGCAGUGGAGGUUCAGGACACCCAGCUGAGUGUGAAGGCUGAGGCUCAGGUGCCCGGCUUCCAGUAUGAAGCCAAGGUGAGGGCAAGGAGGAAGACAGGACUGUGGAGCGAGUGGAGCCCCCUAGUGACCUGGUUGACUGAGGAGGACCCUGUGCCAGGCCCCUCCAAUGCGCAGUGUGUGUUGGAUAAUGAGACUACGGUGACAUGCAGUUGGGAGGUGAAGAGAGACCUGGCUCAGUUCCUUACCUUCCACCUGUCCUGCAAACACAACCACACGGCACCAGCCCAGAAAUGCUGUGAUAACACCAUGGUCGGCGUUCCAUCCAGGGGUCCAGUGCUAGAAUACAGCUGCUCCUUCCAUGUCCAAGACUUAGAGCAGCUAGAGGUGGAGCUCAUCCCCACACGCAACAGCAAAACGUUUAAAACACACAAAAACAUUCGUCCAAACCGUCCACUCAAAGUGCAGAUAGAAGAGAGAGAUGGGAACUGGAUUCUAAAAUGGAAUCCGCCUGAUUUUGAUCUGACCUAUCAGGUGCACUAUCAGGUGCAAUACUGGAGUAAUGAGACUAAGGAGGAUACUACGUUCAUCAAUGUCUCCCAGGGGUCCCACUCGCUCUCCAUACUGGGGGUGUCCCUGCGCCCCUCUGAGUGCUACCUGGUUAAGGUGAGAGCCCUGGUGGUUCCAGGAGAGCGUGAUCCUUUUGACGGAGCCCCCUCAGAAUGGACCGACCCAGUGGAGUGGACCACAGAAUCAGCUUCCUGGUCCAUCACCACCUUCCUCUACGUCUUCAUCAGUAUACUGGUGGCCAUUGUCUUCAUCGCUCUCUAUGUUACCAUACCAGCCUGUCACAGGAGGGUAGUCCUGUGGGAGGUGUCUGUCCCGUCGCCCCUCAAGAGCAAGGUACUGGGAGAGGUCAUUAAGAAAUCUCCUGAUAGGUUGUUAUUCCAUGAGAGUGAGAGAAGUGAGAAGACCUACAUCUGCAGGGUACAGACACAGGAGAGCAGGGAGGAAAACAGUCUCUGCUCCAGCUGCUCUUCAGUUCCAUUGUGGUUGAACUCAGAUGUAAAAGCAAAUGGACUGUUCCAUUCCAUUACCAAGGAGGGGUGGAAGAAGUAUGACCCAAACUCUUCCUCCCUCCAUUUGCUGUCUGUGGACAGAUCUGGCCCUCCUGCUCUGGACUCAUCCGGCUUCAGCUUCAGUGGCCCUUACAUCUUCUGUGGCGACAGUUCACCGGCGCCGAGUGAGUUUCUGAGUCUGGAGCCUCCCUGUGAGGAGUUCGACAACACUCUCUCUAACUCUGAACCCACUUCUCCGUCCUCCUCGGAGAGGUCUGCCCCAUCCCUCUCGGAGUCGAGUGAGGGCUACGUGGCGAUGCCUCAGGUCUGUGCUGGCCUGUCCAGAUCAACAGAGGGAGUAUCUGAUGGUGUUACGAGCGCUGUAGUAGCGGACGACAGUAAGAACACUGGUAACAACAACGGCAACAACGACAUCAUGGCAUGGCCCAAGUCAGCGCUCCUCCCACCCGGACCUAGCUCUAUGCCCACCUGCUCACCACCCAGUGAGAAUGAAGACCCUCCUCCAGCGUACACACCCCCAACCACCACAACCACCCCUCCCACCUUGCCCCCAGUGGGCCCUACCCUACACACCUCUGGGUACUGCUUCCUCCCGGCCCUACAGGCACUUGGGGGCUGGGGCCAUGUGCAGUCUUCUGGACCACCUAAAGGGGGCAGUCAAGAGCAGCAGGCCUGUAGGAGGGAGAUGAGGCAGGAGGAGCAGUGCAAGGAGGAUCCAUAUGUCAGACUGUCCCAGCUAGCCACUUAGCUAACUAGCUAACCCCAUCUAAUGCUGGACUACAUGAGGGACUACAUGAGGGUCACUGUUCUCAAUAUUUGAUCCAUUCUAACACUAACACACCUGCCUCAACUAAUCACAAGAGCUUGAUUAUUAGUUGGACUAGUUCAUUCAGGUGUGUUAGUGUUGGAAUGGACCACAUGUGUAAAACUACUGAUUUGUGGUCACUGAAGACUGGGUUGAGAUUGAGAAACACUUCUAUUUCUGGGAGGGAAAACUGUUGGAGCCUCAUAGAGAAGCCUCCCUUGAUUACUCACAAUGCCCAGCAGAUGGCAUCACUGUACUUACUGUGUAUCUGUUGAACUCACAAGAGGUGGCCUAUGGAUUCUACUGUAAGGACUAACUACAAACACAGAAGCAUACUGCAGUAAGCCAUUCCUCUCUGGGUGGUAAGGUGACUGAGGGCCAGAUUCCCAGGUUUCCACCACAUCACAUAGAUGGUACAUGUGUAACAGGGUGGCACUGUUGAGUUGGUGAAUGCAGCCUUAUGCCUCUGUCAGUGCCAGUGGCUGUUCCUGUCGUUCCACAGCAGGGGUCGGCCCGCGGGCCGCAAAGUGCUGUGUUACAGAAUGCGAAGGGUGAUGACUGUCUCCUGGUCGAAUGUCAUUUGUCACAAGCUUUGUAAACAACUGGUGUAGACUUAGAAUUAUGGGCCCUUCCCAACAAUGCAGAGAGAAGAAUAUAGAGACGGGGUACCAGUACUGAGUAGAUGUGCAGGGAUACAAGGUAAUUGAGGUUGAUAUGUACAUAUAGGUAGGGGUAAAGUGACUAGGCAACCGGAUAGAUAAUAAACAGUAGCAGCAGUGUAUGUGAUGAGUCAAAAGAGUUAGUGCAAAGAGGGUCAAUGCAGAUAGUCUGGGUAGCUAUUUGAUUAACUAUUUAGUAGUCUUAUGGCUUGGCGGUAGAAGCUGUUCAGGGUCCUGUUGGUUCCAGACAUGGUGUAUCGGUACCGCUUGCUGCAUGGUAUCAGAGAGAAUAGUCUGUGACUUGGGUGGAUGGUGUCUUUGACAAAUGUUUUCCUCUGACACCGCCUGGUAUAGAGGUCCUGGAUGGCAGGGGCAUACACACUACCCUCUGUAGCGCCUUGCAGUCGGAUGCCAAGCAGUUGCGAUACCAAGCAGUGAUGCAGUGAGUCAAGAUGCCUUUAAUGGUGCAGCUGUAGAACUUUUUGAGGAUCUGAGGGCCCAGGCUAAAUAUUUUCAGCCUCCUGAGGGAGAAGAGGCAUUGUCGUACCUUCUUCGCGAAUGUGUAGGUGUGUGUGGAUCAUGUUUAUUUGUUAGUGAUGUGGAACUAAGGAACUUGAAUCUUUCAUCCUGCUCCACAACAGCCCCAUCGAUGUGGUAGGAGCGUGCUCAGCUCUCCGUUUCCUGUAGUCCAUGAUCAGCUCCUUUGUCUUGCUGAUGUUGAGGGAGAGGCCAGGUCACUGACCUCCUCUCUGUAGGUGGUCUCAGCAAACUUAAUGAUGGUGUUGGAGUUGUGCACGGCCAAGCAGUCGUGGGUGAACAGGGAGUACAGGAGGGGACUAAGCACGCACCCCUGAGGGGCCCACGUGUUGAGGGUCAGCGUGGCAAGCUUUUUACUUUCUUUGUUAAUUAAAUGUGAGGACACCUUUUAAAAAUAGAGGGGAAAGAUGUAACAUGGUGGAACUGUUGAGUUGGUGAAUGCAGCCUUGUGCCUCUCAGUGCCAGGUGUGUGAGAUUGUUGAUUGUAAUUAAGGGUGUGGCCUUCAGUAUUUUACCUGGCUGUUCUUGUUGUUCUACAGAUAUGCAUUACCAUGAGAAUUCCAAAUUCUGAAGCAUAUCCGGGGAUCUUGCGUUUAUGGCAAGAAUACCCGUAUGCCAAUUUGACCCGCUCUCCUUCACCCAUGGCAUGCCCUCCUGAGAGUAUUGUGCAACAUGUCCUGUGACCACCAGUAAUUGAUCUGAUCUGUGUUAUGCCAUAGCUCAGGCAUAUAUCGAAUGUAAUUGUGGAUUUGUAUGUCAACUAAAGUUUUUUUAUGUCCUUUUUUUAUGUUCCAAGGAACAUGUAUGCCUAGAGAUGAAAAUAUUGUUUUGUUUGCUGUAAAAUAAAGUAGUGCGUUCAGAAAGUA